AUGUCUGAUACCGAACCUGUUGUUGCUGACGUUCAAUCAAGUACUGCUUCUUCAGUCAAGUCAUUCCUUUCCGGUGGUUUUGGUGGUAUGGCCGCUGUCUUGGUUGGUCAACCUUUUGAUCUUGUCAAGGUUCGUCUUCAAACUAGUGAAGGUGUCUACAAGAACACGUUUGAUUGCUUUAAGCAAAUCAUCAAAAAGGACGGUGUUCUCGGUUUAUAUCGUGGUAUGUCUGCUCCCUUGGCUAGUAUUACGCCCAUCUUUGCCGUCAGUUUCUGGUCCUAUGACCUUGGUAAGAAGAUUUGUUACGCUGCUAGAACCGAUAAAUCCAGUACAGACACACAUCUCACUUUGGCUGAGACUACAUUCGCCGGUGCCUUCUCUGCCUUCCCCACCACAUUGUUCAUGGCACCUUCUGAGCGUGUGAAAGUUUUGAUGCAGAUUCAAGGACAAGGAGGUGAAGCCAAGUAUAAGGGUCCAGUAGAUGUUGUUCGUCAAUUGUAUAAGGAAGGUGGUAUUCGUUCCAUCUUUAGAGGUACUGGUGCUACCCUUUUACGUGAUUCCCCAGGCUCAGCUGCUUAUUUCGUUGCUUAUGAGCUUGUCAAAAAGCAACUUACACCUGCUGGUUCUCGUCCUGAGGACUUGAGUUUCGGUGCUGUCUUAUUUGCUGGUGGUAUGGCUGGUGUUGCCAUGUGGACCAUUGCUAUUCCUCCUGAUGUUCUUAAAUCUCGCUUACAAUCUGCACCAGCUGGUACUUAUACAGGUUUGGGCGACUGUCUCAAGAAGACCUUAAAGACAGAUGGGCCUACUGCCCUCUUCAAGGGACUUGGUCCAGCCAUGUUGAGAGCUUUCCCUGCCAAUGCUGCCACUUUCUUGGGCGUUGAAUACUCUAUGAAGGCUAUGAAUGCCCUCUUUUAA